UUAUUUAUUUAUUUAUUAAACAAUACCGUUUUGGGUCUUCAGGCUGGAGUGAGCUCAGCGCAUGGAAUCAACGAACGGAAUCUUUUGUUUAGAGAGAGCUGAGCCCUGAAUUCUUAUUUCCUCUUGUUUUUGGCUGAACCCAUGGAUUCAGAUCACUUACCCAACAGCUUAUUUCCUGCUGGAGACCACUCUGCCAACAUUAUUGAAUUAAACAAAAAGAGGAAGCUGCCAUGUUAUGAGCUUGAAAACUCAGAUUCACCACUGCUGAAGCAUAGAAAUUGUGAUCGAUACGGUAGUUCUGAUCAUCCACAAAUCAUAACCAAUCAUAACUCUAUGGAAGCAGAGCUAAUUGACGGUGGCAUAGAUAAUAGUUUGGAAAUAGAAUCUGAAAAUGACAGUAUAAGCUUCAUUGGAGUUUCUGAUAAUAAAAUCACAUCUGAAGUUGAUAUUAAAGUUGAAAAUCCUUCAAUGUCUUCUUCCCAGGAUAAACUAUGUGCAGAGAACCAAUUUGAGGAUGAAACAAUUGAAGAGAUUUACUCCAAUGACGUAGCACCUUUCUUGCUUGCUUCUGGAAAAUGUAGCAUUGAGCAAGAUGCUCGAUUGGGCACGAGUAAACCCACCAUUGAUCAAGAGUUCGAGCAGUACUUUUCUGCCCUCAUGCUUUAGAGAGAAAUGUAUAUGUAUGUGUAUUUAUUAGAUUUUAGUUUUAUAACCAGGGUGGGUAUUGUUGUUGUACCAUAAACAACAUUAGCAUUUCCUCUUGACCUGGUAAAAUUUUAUGAUUUCUGAGCUCAAGUAGACAAUUUUAAGGUCUUUUCUCUCGA